AUCAGAUGAUAAACAAAUGAUCUAUGAUUUCUCUGUUGAUUCAGAAGUAGUCGGGUAUAAUGGUUACUUUACUCCUGAAGAUGCUAAAAAAAUAGCAAAAUUGGAUGAAGUUUCUGUCGUCGAACAAGAACAGGAAGUCAAAGCAAAUUAUGCUCUUCCAUCUGGAAAUAAUGGCAGGAUAUUCAAAAGAGCCGUUGUUAAUAAUCCAUUAUUCAAUUUGGAUCGUAUCGAUCAAGCUAAUUUUCCACUUGACAAAAAAUACAUCUUUCCUGACACAGCUGGUCAAGGCGUAAAUGUCUACGUUAUUGAUACUGGAAUCAAUGUUGAACAUAGCGACUUUGGUAGACGUGCAAAACAUAGUGCUAGUUUUUGUGAAGGAUGUGGCGAUAAAGAUGAUAAUGGUCAUGGUACCCACGUUGCUGGUAUAAUUGGUGGGAAGACUUUUGGAGUAGCCAAGAAAUGUAAUCUACUUGCGGUAAAAGUGCUUGCUGCUGAUGGUAGUGGUACAAAUACUGAUAUUGUCAAUGGCAUGUUACAUGUGCUCAGUCAGCAUAAAAAAAGUUCCAACAAAAACACAGUCAUUAACAUGUCAAUUGGCGGAGGUUUUUCUCAAGCUAUCAAUGAUGUUGUCGAAAAACUUACCAAAGCAGGUAUUCAUAUUGUAGUGGCAGCCGGUAAGGAGUCUUCAGGUGCUUGUGACGUAUCACCAGCUUCUGCGCCAUCUGCUAUUACAGUUGGUGCAACAGAAGAUACAAGUGACCAGAUUGCCGAUUUCUCAAACUCUGGCAAAUGUGUUGAUAUCUUUGCACCAGGUAGUAAUAUUAAAUCUGCCACUUUUGAUGACAACAAUGGUUCAAUCGCAUUCUCAGGAACCAGCCAAGCAACACCACAUGUCGCAGGAGCAAUUGCAUUGCUUAUUUCUAAAGAAGGCAAUGCAAGUUCAAGUAGUGUAACUUCAAAAAUUAUAAAGUUAAGUACCAAAGGUGUUGUUGGUGGUUUGGAUAAAUCUACACCAAAUAGAUUUUUGCGUGUUCCAUCAGCCUAA